AUGUGUCAUGUCAUUGUCACCUGUCGCUCGAUGCUCUGGACCCUCCUGAGUAUUGUCGUGGCAUUUGCAGAACUCAUUGCCUUCAUGAGCGCAGACUGGCUCAUUGGAAAAGCCAAGACGACUCGCAGCCAUGGGGAGCCUGACAACCAGACGCGGGGUUCCUCGGAGCCCCACCACCCCACCUUGGGUAUCUACGCCCGCUGUAUCCGUAACCCUGGGGUGCAGCACGUCCAGCGGGAGACGCUAUGUGGGCCCUACGCUGAGAACUUCGGCGAGAUUGCCAGUGGCUUCUGGCAGGCCACUGCUAUUUUCUUAGCUGUGGGGAUCUUCAUCCUCUGUAUGGUGGCCUUGGUGUCCGUCUUCACCAUGUGCGUGCAAAGCAUCAUGAAGAAAAGUAUCUUCAACGUCUGCGGGCUGUUGCAAGGAAUCGCAGGUCUGUUCCUCAUCCUGGGUUUGAUACUCUACCCUGCUGGUUGGGGCUGCCAGAAGGCCAUAAGCUACUGUGGACAUUAUGCGUCUGCCUACAAACCCGGAGACUGCUCCUUGGGCUGGGCCUUUUACACUGCCAUCGGCGGCACAGUGCUGACCUUCGUGUGUGCGGUCUUCUCCGCACAAGCAGAAAUUGCAACCUCCAGUGACAAAGUACAGGAAGAAAUCGAAGAGGGAAAAAACCUAAUCUGCCUCCUUUAG